CGCCUGGAGAGGCGGCCGGGAUGGCGGCGGACGGCGGCCUGGAGCAGCGGGCGCUGCAGUACGAGCAGACGCUGAUGUAUGGCCGCUACACGCAGGACCUGGGAGCCUUCGCCAAGGAUGAAGCGGCCCGCAUCCGGCUGCAGCAGGAGCGCUGGAAACCGCCCCCCAAAGAGCGCCUGCGCCCCUCUGAGCUGCUGGAGUAUGACCACGGUCGAUGCGCCCGUUGCCGGAUCUGUACUGUGCGAUGCCAAAAAUUCCUCAUCUCCAAGGUGGGCGAGGACUGGAUCUUCCUCAUCCUGUUGGGAUUACUAAUGGCCCUGGUGAGCUGGGCCAUGGACUUUGCCAUAGCCACCUGCCUGCAAGCCCAGAAGUGGAUGUAUGGUGGGCUGGAUGCCAAUAUCUUCCUGCAGUACAUGGCCUGGGUCACCUACCCUGUGGUGCUCAUCACGUUUUCGGCUGGCUUCACCCAGAUCUUGGCUCCGCAGGCUGUAGGCUCUGGCAUCCCCGAAAUGAAGACCAUUCUGCGGGGUGUCGUGCUGAAGGAGUACCUGACCCUCAAGACCUUUGUGGCCAAAGUGAUCGGCCUGACGUGCGCCCUAGGCAGCGGGAUGCCUUUGGGCAAAGAGGGACCUUUCGUUCACAUAGCCAGCAUGUGCGCCGCCCUCCUUAGCAAGUUCCUCUCACUUUUUGGCGGCAUCUAUGAGAACGAAUCCCGCAACAUCGAGAUGCUGGCUGCUGCCUGCGCGGUGGGUGUCGGCUGCUGCUUCGCUGCUCCCAUUGGAGGUGUCCUCUUCAGCAUUGAAGUCACCUCGACCUUCUUUGCCGUCCGCAACUACUGGCGUGGCUUCUUCGCGGCCACCUUCAGUGCCUUUAUCUUCCGGGUACUUGCCGUGUGGAACAAGGAUGAAGAAACCAUCACGGCUCUCUUCAAAACCCGCUUCCGGCUGGAUUUCCCCUUUGACCUGCAGGAGCUGCCAGCCUUUGCCGUCAUUGGGAUCGCCAGUGGCUUUGGGGGAGCCCUCUUCGUCUACUUCAAUCGCAAGAUCGUCCAGUUCAUGCGCAAGCAAAAGGCCAUUAACCGCUUCCUCAUGAAGAAGCGCCUGCUCUUCCCUGCUCUAGUCACGCUCCUAAUAGCGACACUGACGUUUCCGCCUGGCUUUGGGCAGUUCAUGGCUGGCCAGCUCACGCAGAAGGAGACUCUGGUGACCCUGUUUGAUAACCGCACGUGGGCCAAGCAGGGCUUGGCGGAAGAGUUUGAGUACGGCGGGGUCUCUGAGGCGUGGAAGCACCCCCGCGCCAACGUCUUUGUCACCCUGGUGGUGUUCAUCCUCAUGAAGUUCUGGAUGUCCGCCUUGGCCACCACCAUCCCCGUGCCUUGCGGAGCCUUCAUGCCGGUCUUUGUCAUCGGGGCCGCAUUCGGGCGGCUGAUGGGCGAGAGCAUGGCAGCGUGGUUCCCAGACGGCAUCCACACUGACAGCAACAUCUACCGCAUUGUGCCAGGGGGCUACGCAGUGGUGGGUGCGGCUGCGCUGUCCGGGGCCGUCACCCACACCGUCUCCACGGCGGUCAUCGUCUUUGAGCUGACGGGCCAGAUCUCCCACAUCCUGCCGGUCAUGAUCGCGGUGAUCCUGGCCAACGCCGUGGCCCAGAGCUUGCAGCCUUCGCUCUACGACAGCAUCAUCCGGAUCAAGAAGCUGCCCUACUUGCCGGAGCUGGGCUGGGGACACCAGGAGAAGUACAACGUGCGCGUGGAGGACAUCAUGGUGCGCGACGUGCGCUACAUCACCCUGAAUUGCAGGUACCGCGAUCUUCAGGAGGUGUUGCACGGGACCAAGAUGAAAAGCCUGGCUCUGGUGGAAUCAGCAGAGUCCAUGAUCCUGCUGGGCUCCAUCGAACGCACGCAAAUUGUGGCCCUCCUAAGUGACCAGCUGAGUUACGCCCGGCGGCUGCAGUACAGGCGGGAGAAGGCCCAAACCGAACACAAAGCUACCGAGAAGAGCCAAGAUGGCGGAGAGCAGCUCCAAGCGCCUGACACUGGCGUGCGCUUUCAGAUCGUCACCGAGGAAUCGUCCUUCGUCCCACCACGAAGCGAGGCCCGCAAACCCUUGAAGCCGGCUCUGAAACGAGCCCCCAGCACUUUAUCCGAGAGUCCGUCAACUGGUGCUGUGGACCUCCCAGGCAUCGCCUUGAGGAGCCUUUUUUGUGCUAACAACACAACAGCUGAAGCCACUGAGGAUGAGAAUUCGGGGCUGUCCGAGAAGCGCAAGUCGAAGCGCGUCCGCAUUUCCGUGGCGGACGAAUACGAAGUGGCUGGCGAGAUGACCCCCACAGAAAUCCUGGAAUGGGAGGAGCAACAGAUGGAGCAGUUUGUCAACUUCAACAACAGCAAGAUUGACCCUGCGCCUUUCCAGCUGGUGGAACGCACUUCUUUGCACAAGACCCACACCAUCUUCUCCCUCUUGGGUGUGGAUCACGCCUACGUCACCAGCAUCGGGCGGCUGAUUGGCAUGGUGUCACUCAAGGAGUUACGAAAAGCCAUUGAGGGUUCAGUCACCGCCAAGGGUGUGAAGGUACGCCCGCCACUGGCCAGCUUCCGGGACAGCACGACCAGUAGCAGCGAGACAGAGGUUACCGAAAUCCACCAGCUCUGGGACCGGCGUCACCGGCAUUCCCUCCCCCGCGAGUCCAGCCCUUCGGAGAGCGAUGACAAAUGCCAGUGAUGACAGACGGAGUGCUGCUGCUGCGAACCGGCCGGCGGACCACGCGGCACCGGCGCACGGGGGCCGCCUUCG